AUGAACCUCCGUAAAUCUGUGAGGUCGCAACCAGACCCCACACAAGUUGACACCAGAACCUCAACUCCGAAAAGCCAAUCGAGCGGUUCGCAAACCCCGCCCCGGUCUCGCGCCGGUCGCAAAAAAGGCACGGGCAUAUCUCAUACCAAAGCUCGAAGGUCGCGCACGGGAUGUUUUACUUGUCGCCAACGACAUUUGAAAUGCGAUGAAGCUGUUGGAAAAUGUAUGAACUGUCGCAAAUCAGACCGUGUCUGUCGGCGUGGUGUUCGUCUCAAUUUCAUCGACAUCCAGACUGUGGCUCCUCCCCACCUGAUCGCGCGACCAGAUGGCUCGAAGGUCACAUUCAGAGAUGAUUCGCGUCUAAUCGCAUCAUUGUACGUGGGCGGUUUCGAGAUAUACCCUCCUGUUCAGCCGGAAAGUUCCAUUGAGGAGAAUGGGCAGUCAUGCCAUGAUUUGGAUGUCAUCGGACCCGAAGAUUUAACGAAUAUAUUUCAAUCCGUUGCGCAUUCUUUCGACCCACUGGGCUUCGAUGUCCCCCAUCCCACGGCAGAUUUUGUGGAAACCGAUCCUUGGCAUCAGUCCCAUUUGGUGCCUGGCGACGAGCUUCUUCCUCAUGGAACAUCCAACUUUGCUCGAAAGCUCGCGGACAGGCAAGAGUCCCAUCAGUCACUCACUGACCCUGACUCGGUGUCUUGUCUACGCGCCUUUGUAGAAGAAAUAGGUCCUCGCAUGGAUGCGAUGGAUGAGAUGAAUCAUUUCUCUCAAGUCCUUCCUGCCCUUGCUGUUGCCGAACCUUUAUUACUCAAGGCACUCGUAGCGAGCGGUGCGAAAUACCGUUCGCUCAACAAUCCUUCCUGGCCGGUCGAGCUAGCAACGACUUUCUCUCAAGAGGCCACUGAGGCCCUUUCGGGUGCAAUACAUGACCCCAGCCGAGACUCUGUUUUGUGCGCUACAAUUGCUAUGGUUCUUGGCUUCUCCGCUUCCAUGUCACCCCACUCAAUGCGCUGGGAAGAUCAUCUUGCAGGGUCACGAGCUCUUAUCCGAGAAUGUGGGUGGACUGCCAAAACACCAGGCCUUGGCGGAGCGUGUUUCAGGAUCAGCAUCAGCGCAGAAAUUCUGAGCUGUGUUCGUCAUAACUGGGCUUUAUCUUGGAAUCCAGACACCUGGGGGGUUGAUAUAGACAUGGAGAAUGCACAGAGCAACAUGAGUGGAGGCCACGACCUAUGGCAUCAUCGAAUCUUGUACAUCUGUGCCAAAGUAUUGAUGCUGAGAACGUGUCUACGUCAAAAUCAAAAUAUGGGCGAGGAAGUGACGGGAGAAAAUGGACUCACAGAUUUAUUCCAGGAAUGGGUUCUCUACAGCAGAUGGUGUGACCAAUGGGAGAAAUCUGUACCCAGAGCUCUUGUGCCCCUUGGUUAUCUACAGCCAUGGCAGGCAAAAUCAAAAUCGGUCUUUCCGGAAGUCUGGCUUACCACUCGGUCUGCUAUCGUUGCUCGUUUAAUCUAUCAUGUCACUCGAAUCAUGUUAGCCAAGAACAACCCUCUCCAGUCAGCUUUCGACGACGAAUUGCAUAAGCAUCAACAGGCCCAUGCAUAUGAUGUCUGUGGCCUUGUCGCUCAUACGAAAGACCGAGGUAUCGCAGACAUAGCGAUUCAUUGUCUCGUCAUCGCUGCAGAAUGCUUAGAGGCACCAGAGGCCCAGCAUGAAGCACUCAAUAUAAUUGAUCGCAUGAGCAAAAUCACUGGCAGCAGCUCCGAUUCAAUUAAGGAUGACCUGAAGCAAAUCUGGAGCUGGGUCGAUGCUCAUCCGCACACAGUGGUCCCGUCGCAGAUGCAUGAUAAUUUCUAUGCACUCGAUCCUGCGUUAACGAUACCUGAGACCUCGAACUCACCUGGCAACAUGAAUAAUCCCCUGUUGGGCACAGGGGAUUUCUCGAUGGAAAAUCAUCCUUACCAAGGGCUUUAUGUGCCACCACACCACCAUCAUGCGCUCAAUCAGUACAGUUACGGCCCUUAUCUGAUAUGA